AUGGCGUCAUUGACCGGCGGCAUAAAUCAUCGGUGGAAGAUUAACACGCGGGCGUUAAGAAUAAAGGGCAUACAUCAAGUGGGCGAGAAUAAUGAAGGAAUUCGCGCGGACAACGGGACAGGGACGCGUGAAUUAUUAGCGCGGUUCCAGCCGACGUCGCGGUCGGGUGCGAAGUAUAAUUCACCGAGGAUUCGAUACGCGGCAAAACGGAAAAUACUCGGUCUUAAAUCAAAGGGCAAGCGGGCAGUCGACUCAGCUCAAAUCGUGUCAUCA